AGAUCUGCACAGAGAGGGGCAAGGACUUCCUGAGGUGAAGCCAGCCCUGCCACCAAGAGGUGACAGCGAGUGGAAAGGGGGAGCCGGCACAAAACCCCUCUGUCACCGAGUCUGUCACCAUGGCCCGGCCAUGGCUCCAUCUCUGCAUCUGCCUCCAGAUCCCAGGUUUUUAUACAACUCAACUCUUUACCCAAACUCCAGGGCAUAUUCUAACCCAAACUAGCAAUAAAACUGAAAUCCUCUGUGACCUGAAGGAGGAGCAUGCUGGGGUGUACUGGUACCGCUGGAGCCAGGAGAGCCAACAUUUCCAGUUCUUGUUGUUCUCCAACACAAUGGGCAGAGCCACAUAUGGCCCAAAUGUGAAGCAGGACCAGUUUAGUGUCCAUGAGGCGAGGUCCCAGAGCUCCUACAGCCUGCACAUCAGCAACCUGCAGCCCUCAGACAGCGGCAUCUACUACUGCUCCGUGUCCCAGUCCUCCCAGCUCCUCCUGGGCACUGGGACACAGCUCACAGUGGUUGAUGUUUUGCCUCCAAAGACCACACAGACACCAGUGUCCAAAAAGCCUCUGCCACGGACAACCAAAAGGAAAGUUGCCAGCAAGGAAGGUCCCUGCAGUCCCCUGGUCUGGAUCCCACUGGCUGCUGCUGUCCUGCUGCUCCUGCUCAGCCUGGUCUCCACCGCCUACCGCCUGCACCGUCUGCGGCGGAGGCUGCAGCUUCGCAUGCACAGGCAGUAA